GUAUCUUAUACUCAAAACGAGACGGAAGAAACUAAAACAAAAAUGAAAGCUUUCUUUGUGUUAUCCAUUUCUGUGGUCAUCGUUUUGGCAACAAGUCACAUUGAUGCUUUCACAAGAGACGAUUUUCCAGAGGAUUUCCUCUUCGGAGCUGCCACGUCUGCUUAUCAGUGGGAAGGAGCUGUUGAUGAGGAUGGAAGAACUCCUAGCGUUUGGGAUACUUUCUCCCCCUUUGAUAACAUGGACAAUGGAGAUAUAGCAUGUGAUGGAUAUCACAAGUACAAGGAAGAUGUUAAGAUAAUGGCAGAUAUGGGUUUAGAAGCAUUCAGAUUAUCUAUCUCAUGGUCAAGACUUAUACCUAAUGGAAGAGGACACAUCAACCCAAAAGGUCUACUGUUUUACAAGAACCUCAUCAAAGAACUACUAACCCAUGGAAUAAAACCACACGUUACACUAUACCACUAUGAUCUCCCUCAGGCUCUUGAAGAUGAGUAUGGAGGAUGGAUCAACCGUAAAAUCAUAGAGGACUUCACUGCUUUUGCAGAUGUUUGCUUCAGAGAGUUUGGUGAAGAUGUGAAGCUAUGGACUACAAUUAACGAAGCUAACAUAUUCGCCAUUGGAGCUUACAGCGAAGGAAUAUUGCCUCCAGGACAUUGUUCUAAUUCCAAAUACGUCAAUUGCUCCACUGGAAACUCUUCAACUGAACCAUAUAUUGCAGGCCAUAACAUAUUGCUAGCUCAUGCCUCUGCUUCAAACUUGUAUAGACUCAAGUACAAGAGUAAGCAGAAAGGAUCCUUAGGCCUUUGCAUAUAUACAUAUGGGUUAUUUCCUUAUACUAGCUCCAAGGAAGAUGAGAUAGCAACUCAGAGAGCUAAAGAUUUCUACUUUGGCUGGUUGUUAAAGCCUUUGGUGUUUGGGGAUUAUCCUGAUGUGAUGAAGAGAGUGGUGGGAUCUAGGUUACCUGUUUUCUCAGAGGAAGAGUCAGACCAAGUUAGAAGAUCAUCUGACUUUGUAGGAGUUAUCCAUUACACGACACUGUAUGUCACAGAGAGUAGACCCACGCCUUCUAUCCUUCCUAGCAACCAAAGUUUUUCCACAGACAUGAAUGUAGAGACUAUCUCCAUUGGGAACUCUGUUCCAUGGGGUUUUGAAGGUGUCUUGGAGUAUUUGAAACAGAGCUUCAACAAUCCUCCUAUCUACAUUCUUGAAAAUGGUUUAGCUACGAAACAUGAUUCGACGCUACAAGAUACAUCAAGAGUUGAAUACAUUCAAGGUUACAUUGGUGCUAUGUUGAAUGCCAUCAGGAAUGGAUCGGACACGAGAGGUUACUUUUAUUGGUCUAUGAUUGACUUGUACGAGCUAUUGGCUGGAUACAGGCUGAGCUUUGGAUUGUACUAUGUGAAUUUCAGUGAUGCUGGUCUCAAGAGGUCUCCAAAACUCUCUGCUUCUUGGUACUCUGGUUUUCUCAAUGGUACAGUUGAUGUUGAUCCUCAGGAUAUUACUCAGCUGCAGAGCCACUCUUCUGGUUUCUCAUCUUUGUGAUGUAGUUACAUAUAUAAAAUAAAGAUUCUGGUUAACAACACUCAACACAACCA